AUGCGGAAAGUGGCAGCCGCCGCCUUGGCGUGCGUGUGGGCAGCCGCUUGGUGCAGCCCGGCCGGAGCGGGAGCGGCGGCGGCGGCGGCGGCGGCGGGGGGAGGCGGCGGCCGGUCGGACGGCGGCAAUUUCCUGGACGACAAGCAGUGGCUGACCACCCUCUCCCAGUACGACCAGGAGGUCGGGCAGUGGAACAAAUUCCGAGACGAAGUUGAGGAUGAUUAUUUUCGUACAUGGAGCCCAGUUAGACCCUUUGAUCAAGCUUUAGACCCAGCUAAAGAUCCAUGCUUAAAGAUGAAAUGUAGUCGUCAUAAAGUAUGCGUUGCUCAAGAUCAACAAACUGCUGUUUGCAUUAGCCACCGGAGACUUACACACAGGAUGAAAGAAGCUGGUUUGGGCCAUAAACAAUGGAGAGUCGGUCCUGUUUCAUCAAAAUGCAAGCAGUGCCCAGUAGUUUAUAAUAAUCCUGUCUGUGGUUCUGAUGGUCAUACAUAUUCCUCUCAGUGCAAACUAGAAUAUCAAGCCUGCAUCUCAGGAAAACAGAUCUCCGUGAAAUGUGAAGGACGUUGCCUUUGCCCUCCGGUUAAAUCUACAAGUACAGGCCGAAGUGAUAAGAGGGUGUGCAGUGACCUGGAGUUCAGAGAGGUUGCAAACAGAUUGCGAGAUUGGUUCAAGGCACUUCAUGAAAGUGGAAUUCAGAAGAGGACUAGAAUUGUACAAAGGCCUGAAAGAAGUAGAUUCGAUACCAGCAUUUUGCCCAUUUGCAAGGACUCCCUUGGCUGGAUGUUUAACAGGCUUGAUACAAACUAUGACCUGCUGUUGGAUCAGUCAGAACUCGGAAGUAUAUACUUGGACAAAAAUGAACAGUGCACCAAGGCAUUCUUCAACUCUUGUGACACAUACAAGGACAGUUUGAUAUCUAACAACGAGUGGUGCUACUGCUUCCAGAGACAGCAAGACCCACCUUGCCAGACAGAGUUGAGCAACAUUCAGAAACAGCAAGGGGGAAAGAAGCUCCUAGGGCAGUAUAUCCCUUUAUGUGAUGAAGAUGGGUACUAUAAACCAACUCAGUGCCAUGGAAGUGCAGGACUAUGUUGGUGUGUUGACAGAUAUGGCAAUGAGGUGACAGGAUCCAGAACACACGGUGCAGCUGACUGUGCUGUUGAAAUAGAAACAUCAGGUGAUUUUUCCAGUGGUGAUUUCCAUGAAUGGACAGAUGAUGAGGAAGAUGAUAUGAUGAAUGAUGAGGAUGAAAUUGAAGAUGAUGAUGAGGAUGAAGGAGAUGAUGACGACGACGAUGACCAUGAAGGAUACAUUUGAUGCUUUUAGCUGUGAAUAAAUUAUAUCUUUCUAAAAUUUAUGUGGUGACACGCCAGAAAAUUCCUAUACCAUUGAAGGUCAAAAGGAGAGUCUAAACAACAUGUAUAUUUUGUAUGAUUAUUUGAAAUAUUGCAGCUGGAGUCAUAGACUUUCUUUGUUUAAAUGAAAAUCAUUAUAUGUUGUUUUUAUAUGCCGUUGAGCAGAAGCAAU